AUGACUCCAGAUGAGCCCAAGAUCAAUUCAAACCCAGCCCUUCAGGCCUACUAUGCUUCGGCCGAGUCGGUGUUGGGAUACAACAUUAUCCUCGGAGGAACGAGGCAUUUUGGGUACUAUGAGAAGGACACUUACAACCCCUUUCCCAUCGGCCGGAGUCUGCGGCGCAUGGAAGAGAAGCUAUUCGACGCCUUACACCUGACACCCGGUGCGAAGGUCCUGGACGCUGGGUGCGGCAAUGGGCAUGUUGCUCGGUACAUGGCGAGAAAGGGCCUCAGAGUCACCGGCAUUGAUGUUGUCGACAGGCACGUCGCAAGUGCCCGCCAGAUAGCGGCGAAGUCGGACCUGGGAGGCGGAUCAAUCGAGGUACACCGCAUGGAUUACCAUCACCUAGAGUCCUUGGCGGGCAACUCGUUCGACGGAGUGUACACCAUGGAGACGUUCGUGCACGCGACGGAUCCGGACGCAGUCCUCGCUGGGUUCUUCCGCGUCCUAAAGCCAGGCGCUCGGAUUGCUAUGAACGAGUAUGACCACACCCUGAAGGACAGCGACGAUGGUGACGAUGACGAGGACUCCAUACCGGAGGACCUCAAGCGCUCACAGCACCAGAUCAAUGAGUGGUCGGCGAUGCCCACCUACGCCAUUUCGAAACGCGGUGUACUCAAGGAGAUGCUGGAGAAAGCUGGGUUCGUCGAUGUACAAGUCCGCGAUCUGUCGGAUAAUAUACGGCCCAUGACGAGGUUCUUCUAUCUGCUCGCCAUCGUGCCGUUCAAGAUCGUGAGUCUCUUGAAGUUGGAGAGGCACUUUAUCAACACGGUGGCGGGCGUCCAGUCGUACCGUGGGUACGGGCUGUGGAGGUACAUCCAGGUCACUGCGAGGAAACCCGAGAUGCCGACGCUUAAUUCAACGAUACGGAACGGAAAUUAG